AUGCGUUUUUCUGCCACCGUCGCCUGCCUGACGGCCUGCCUGGCGUCGGCGGAGGCGCUGAGCGUCUUCAACGGCAGGGCCCCCAAUGCCAUCGCCAGCGACGACGGCAAAAAGGUCCCGGGCGAGUCUCCGCUCGAGUUCUGCGAGGCCGAACACGCCGACGACAUCGUCAAGAUUGAGAAGGUUGAUCUCAGCCCCAACCCACCAGCUGCCGGCAAGGAACUGGUCAUCGAGGCCAGCGGCAUCAUCAACGAGACCAUCGAGGAGGGUGCAUACGUUAUGUUGACCGUCAAGUACGGGCUCAUCAAGCUCCUUAGUACCAAGGCGGACCUCUGCGAGCAGAUUGGCAACGUCGACCUCAAGUGCCCUCUCGAGAAGGGCAAGAUGGUGAUCACCAAGAGCGUGGACUUGCCCAAGGAGAUCCCUCCCGGCAAAUACAACGUCCUCGCAGACGUCUACACCGUCAACGACAAGAAGAUUACCUGCUUGACCGCCACCGUCACCUUUAGCAUGGGCAACGGCUUCUUUAGCAACGAGCUGUAA